GUUGCGGAGUUCAUGCUGAAGCGAUGCUCGGCUGCGAGGAGAAUCGUUUGUGGGCUCAGGAGUGGUUUCCAUGCUUACAUGAUGCAUUCGGACAAGGCCUUCCUCUUCAAUGCGCAGCAGCGCGAUGGCUUCCCAGCAGACCCGAAGGCAAUCUACCUUACAACCGGAGCCUCAGAAGGGGUGACUCUUGGCUUGGUAAGUCAGUUCUUGUUUAUUUUCGGUGGCUUCUCUGUUUUGGGCGCUUCCGUCAUUGUCGAGGUGAGAGCUGCUGGUUCUGACAUCUGUGUUGACUUCACGGAGCUUCAACAAGCAGCUGCCGAUGCGUUUACAGAUGGCACCAAGCUCCGUGCCAUCACAGUCAUCAACCCCGGGAACCCAGUUGGGGCCGUCUUGGACCGGGAGGACAUAGUCAUGAUCAUCAACUUCGCAACUGAGCAGAAGCUUGUGAUCUUGGCGGAUGAGGUGUACCAGGCGAACGUGUACGCCGAGGGUAAGAAGUUCCACUCCUUCAAAAAAGUGCUCCGCGAGCUCCAGGCAGAAGAUCAAAUGAGGUACAAAGAGACCCAGCUCAUCAGUUUCCACUCCACCUCCAAGGGCAUCAUUGGGGAGUGCGGGCAGCGCGGCGGCUACAUGGAGUACGUAGGCCUGCCUCGGAUUUGCCUGCUGCAAGCAAGAUGA